AACGUCGGCGGUCGCCUUGCGAAUGGCGGAGGUUCCAAGGAUGCUGGCGAGCCGUUGCUUAAUGGGCAUGUCCAUAUUACUGAGAACCCUACGAGAAGUUACAGCUGUCCCCAGGGACAUUGGAUUGAUCCACAUUGGUCGUCGAAAUUUUACGGUGACUUGGCGAUGUUACGAGGCAGAAGCAUCAGACGAGGUUUACGUCUACAUGGUUUGCGCCAGGAUGGUGGACGGGAAUGACAAAUGCCAGGAAAGCAAGAGAAACUCUGCGACUUUCGAAGGCCUGCAACCUAACACAGUGUACGAAGUGCGAGUUCAGGCUCGUAUACCAAAUCGUGCUCUGGGCGGGCCUUUCAGCCCACCUUACACUGUCACUACAUUGGCUGAAGGUCCUCAGCGCUUCAAAGACCUAAAAGGCGUGUUCAUAAACUCGACAACUCUGCAUGUCUCCUGGAACGGCCCUCCGGGGAAGUAUACUGUGCGCUAUAGCACACGGCUCUGGUUACCUGUCGAACAGUGGACUUCUGUGCAGACUGAUAGUAAUAAUGUUUUGAUUCACGAUGUGGAACCGGCAGAUAAGACCUACGUAAUGGUGAUUGGGUACAACCCCCCGGAGCACAGCCAAGUGGAGACCAUCACUCCAGGUAAAGAAGAGGUGCACUACAAAUACACGCGUGAUGGCAUCCUGGUGUGGUGGACCGGUCAACGCCCGGGGGCCCACGUGAUCCGCUACGAGCAGAAUAUCACGCGCCCGCUCGAGCAAUGGCGUAGCAUUGUGGUCCCGCAAUCUUCUAUUGAGUUGACGGACUUGAAUCCUGAUCUGCCGACGUACGUGAUGGUGUCAUCCAGUAAGGGUUCUCUCGGUGAAGUCCUCAACAUCGCGCCGAGGCCGCAGCAGGAUGAUAACUCCGCGUGGUACUUAGCCGUGGGCAUACCUUGCGGGUUGUUUGUAUUAUGCUUGUUGGCCGUAGCAGCUGUCUGUUUGUGGCGAAGACGGAAAAUGGCGCGUUCGCCAAGGCAACGCCGGCGAAACGCAAGUCCUAACGAUGGGAAUGCAGAGGAAGGUGCUGAAAUGAAG